AUGGCAGAUCAACAAUCGCGGUUGAAGGUCAUCAAUGACAAUCCCAUCGGGAAAGGUCUCGAUGCCUUCCGCACUUCGUUCACUUCGAUUUGCGAAGGAGCCGCUGUCUCCUGUACCGCAGAUGCGUUGGAGCAGCUUGACCAAGAAACCUCCAGAACAUCAUUCGCGCCCUUUCUGAGAGAGGCGCAAAACCUUCCCGCUGCCGACCUGCUACCUGCUAAGACGGGUCGCGGUACCCUUCGAGAGGACCUUUUACGGCUUGAACUCUCACUCCGUUCCGACGACUUCGACCUUGACGGCAUCAAACCUCUCCUCAUUUUAGCUCUCGAUGGCCACCCUAAUGAUACCCUCAUUUGGGAAUACCUCUAUAACGCCGUUAUAGAAACCACCCCCGCCCCCCGACCUAUAGCAUCUUACCUCCAACAAACGCUCUCGCUACGCACCACGAGCAGCUUAGUGAACUCCUCCGAGUACCACAAUAAUAUUAACUCGGUCCUGAAGUCGGAGCUUGAUCAUGUCUAUAUCGAUAUUCGCCAUUUCAACGAAGCAUACUUUGGAGGCGUGACAAGUCUUGAAGUAGCGUCCAAGACCGUUUUUAAGAAGUGCGUGGACGGUAGUAACCCGCUCUUUGGUAGCGAAGGGUGGAGCGAAUUGCCGGCUGGUGCGGAAGAGAAGCACGUACUGGCCUGGUUUGGCGACCUAAUUCCAAAGCUAGAGGCAUUUGCAGGAGACUACAAUUCCACCUCGAUACCUCGACGAAUGUUGUUGGCGCAACCGAAUACGCCUCUCUUAGGCUCCAGAGGAAAGCGCAGUAUGGACAUCGGAUUCGUGAAGGAUGACUUCACGCACGACCCCACGGCGGGAAAAGAUUUCAGAUAUCACUGGUCGCAUGUCCUCGUGCUAGGUGAACUAAAGAGCAACCCUUCUGCCGAUAAGCCAUCGAUUGCAAUGAUCUCUAUCGCCACGUGUGCGAGAGAGGUGCUCUCCGCUCAAGAUACUCGUCGUUUCGUCUUCGGCUUCACCCUCUGCGGGUCCUAUAUGAGAAUAUAUGCGUUUGACCGGCUAGGGGGGAUUGGGUCUGGAAAAUUCGAUAUUAAUAAGGAAGGGCAGCAGUUCGUCUCUACGAUACUCGGAUUCUUGUGGAUGAACGAAGAGGAGCUCGGCUUCGAUCUGACAUUUAUGACAGCCAACGGUCAACGGUUCAUCAUGAUCAAGCGGAACGGCUCGACGGAGCGCCUCGUUAUUAACGAGUUAAUGCAGCGGACACGCUGUAUAAAUCCGCAGAACCCGUUGGUUAUUAAAGAUUCGUGGCAAUGGCCAGAACGAGACGAGGAAGGCGACUUACUCCGGGAGGCGACAGGCAAAGGCGUGGUCAAGGUAGCCCGAUAUUACCAUCAUGAGACGGUCCAGGUGAACGGUAUGGACGACGACAUUCGAAGUAAUAUUCGAAAAGGGCUGGACAUCACGGGCGCUACCAACUACGGAACAGGAUGGUCGGUGGUUUCGCCGAGCACGAGCGCGGCAGGUAACCCACGGAAAGGCCAAAGUAGUAGCGCUGCUGGCACGAAGCGGUCGUCCAGCCAAGCUGGCGCACCGCUACUACCGAGCAAGCGAUCCGGUUUAGCAUCUGCGAUCAAGGCUGGCAGCGAUUUACUGCUCAAUCGAGUACAUCGGCGUGUCAUUCUUCGCGACUAUGGAAAGCCGAUCUACAAGGCCAGCUCCCGAGCGGCUCUGCUUGCCGCCUUAGAGGCCUGUAUCGAAGGACACGAAUCAUUGUAUAUAGCUAGCCUCCUCCACAGAGAUAUCUCCAUCAACAACCUCAUAAUCAACGAGGACGAAAAUAACCCUUCCUCACCUUCCUUCUUGAUUGACCUUGACCUCUCGCCAUCCGAGGCUUUCAUGGCCAUCGGGGCUUUUCAGGGCGAGUCACAUUCGUUUAUGCACGAUCUCGAGUCAUUCUUCUGGGUGCUCUUUUGGACGUGUAUCCACUAUAACGCCCAGGGCAAAGAUAUUGGGUCAACCGUAUUUGAAAGCUGGAAUUACCAGAAUGACCAUAUACCAGUUCAGUCCAAAAAGGGCGAGAUCGCUGACGAGGAAGAUUUUAUCAAGAGCGUAGCUGAAAUUUUCACUUUACACUACCAGCCGUUGAUCCCAUGGGUCAAUAGACUGCGGAGGAAAGUAUUCCCAGACGGGAAAAGGUGGAAGCGGCUGGAACCAGAGCUCUAUUCCUCGAUGAAGCAGAUCCUUUACGAUGCUCGGAAGGACCCAGAAGUGUUGGCAGAUAGUCUUGGCAGCUUGCAAUUCUAG